AUGAACUGCCCUAUAAUUACCAGCAAGCUGCGCUGGAAUGGACCAAUUGCAGACUUCAUCGAAAACUUGCCGCAACUCGUCAUGCUUGGCUCACAAAGCGUAGGGAAGACUAGCAUCAUAGAACGAAUAAUCGGCCACAUCGGCAUUAUGCCGACAGGCAAUGGCAUGGUUACGCGACAGCCGCUCCACAUGCGGCUGUGCUACGCGCCAAACGUCGAAUUCGUUGCAGUCGUGAGCGAGUCGGCUUCGCUGCCUUCAUUGCAAGACCUCGAAUCGCGAAACGUGACAAACAAAAACUACCGAGUUGCGCAGUCGACGGAUGAAAUGCGCAAACAUAUCACUGCCGCACUGAAGAAAAACGUCUGGCUGGACGUCAAGCCGCUUUUCGUUAAGAUCUUCAGCAGCAAGGCUCCCAACCUUUACCUAAUUGAUUUGCCUGGGCUGAUUACUAUUCCGGCGGACGACCAGCCAGAUGACCUAGAUGAACAAAUCCGAAACCUCAUUCUCUCGUACAUUAAGCAAAGCAACUCCAUCAUCAUUGCCGUCAGUCCGGCCAACCAAGACAUCGCCAAUUCUGAAAGCCUAAAACUGGCGCGCCAGGUCGACCCCAGUGGCGACCGCACUCUCGGCGUGCUAUCCAAAUACGACUUGCUAGGCGAAGACGAACGGCAAGGAAAACCGCGAAGACAGCAGGCAGUCGAUCGUUAA